AGCACCGCGCGGUCCUCCGGUGAAACUCAACCGGCACCGAGUCCAUGGUACACCUGUGGACCUCAGCAGCAGUGCGUCUGACCAAAAUCAUGAAGCAGAGCAAAAGGAAAGUUUCCCCAAAGAAUGAGAGCAGAUGUUAGUAUGGAGGCCACCAGGUCCAAACAGUCUAACCAGCUGGACCAGGGGGGAAGCCAGGCUACUGGUAGAUGCUGCACACCAAGCACCGACAGUGGGGAAACGGGAGGCUCAUCUAAGGGUCAGAAGGUCACAGCUGUGGUCCAGCAGUGCAGCCAAGAUGAAGGCAAACGCCUGCAGACAAGUACACCUCCUGAGGGCAAAGUUUUCCGCAGUUUGGCCAGCCUACCUGCUCUCAACCCAGAGAGACUGAAGACAGCUAAAGCCCUUGUGGACAAAGCUGUAAAGAUGCAUAAGGUGUUCUCUGUCCAGGGCCCUUACCCUGUCAUCAGGGCAGCAUUGAGGGCCAGAGGCUGGGUUGAGCAACGUAUGCACCGUCCAAACCACCGCGCUCACCAGCGUCACAGCGAUGAGGGCAGAGCCAGCUCUAAUGAUGCCGCUGACAGUGAUGACGAUGACGAUAACUCAGACAAUGUGGACAAAGAGCAGGAUCCAGAUGGACUAUAUGAUAUUAUGUCUCGCCUGGUGCGCAAUGAAAUGGUUUAUUUCUACUGGACAAACCGUAGAGACGCCAUCAACACCAACAGCUUGCAGAAAGAACAGAUUACCAAUCAUUUUGCAAAAGCAGGCAGCUUCACCACCAAGGCGGGGUUGUGUGUAAACCUGAGGAACCUGCACUGGUUUGAUUCAGCUGACCCAGAUGCCUUCUUUCCUCGCUGUUACAGACUGGGAGCACAGGAUGAGAAGCAUGCUUUCAUUGAGGACUACAGGAGGACAGCCUGCACCAGUUUUUUGAAGUACAUUGUGGAGAAGGAGCAGGGUGUUGGAGGAGAGGGAAUGAGCCAGAGCAUUAAGGCUGUGAGGAGAAGAAGCAAACGCCAACUUAGACCAGUGGACCUUUCCCAAAUGAUUAACAGUGCAUUCAAAGUGUGCCAGGAGUUUCUAGAGAGUCUGGAGCACAGCGACAUAGACAAAAGCAUGGAGACUCCACAGACACUCACAGAGGAGGAGUGGGCCGAGUUUAUCAACAGUUACUACCUUGUUGUUCAUGAAGGAGCAGAGAUCGAGAACAGUGAUCAUUUUGUGAACUGUUGCAAGGCCAUGCUGCAGAGGCUGGUGGAGGUCAGUCCACAGCUGGAUAUAGAUGGCAUACACAACAUCUGGAUCAUCAAACCUGGAGCUAAAUCCAGGGGCAGAGGUAUCAAAUGCGCCAAACAUCUGGAUCAGAUCCUCAGGGUGGUGGAAGGUGAUCCAACUGUUAUCAAGGAGAGCAAGUGGGUGGUGCAGAAGUACUUGGAGCGCCCCUUUCUGGUCCAUGGCACCAAAUUUGACCUACGCCAGUGGUUCCUGGUCACUGACUGGAACCCUCUGACUGUGUGGUUCUAUAAAAAGUGCUACUUGCGCUUUUCUACACAGCCUUAUUCUCUACAUACACUUGACAGCUCAGUCCACCUGUGCAACAACUCCAUCCAGAAACACCUGAGACCCUCCCAACAGCGGCAUCGUGGAAUCCCAGCAGACAACAUGUGGUCGGACGAGCAGUUCAGGACCUUUCUGUCCAGCCAGGGCCGGGAAGCUCAGUGGCAGACAGUGGUUGUCCCGGGCAUGAAGAAGGCUGUGAUCCACGCAUUACAGACCACACAGGAUCUGAUGGAGUCACGCAAAAACACAUUUGAGCUCUACGGGGCCGACUUCAUGUUAGGUCAUGACCUGCGUCCAUGGCUGAUAGAGCUCAAUGCCAGUCCCACUAUGGCUCCCUCCACCCCAGUGACAGCCUGCCUCUGUACUGCUGUGCAGGAAGACACGUUACGAGUCGUCCUGGACCGAAGAGCAGACCGCACUGCAAACACCGGAGACUUUCAGCUCAUAUAUAGACAGGCAGCAGUAGAAGUGCCUCAGUACGUAGGAGUCAACCUACUUGUUGAGGGCAACAAGAUCAGGUGCCCCUGCCCUCUUCCUCCACUGAGGUCUUCCAACCGUUCAGCACCAAAACGCUGCAGCCCCGUCAAGGGGAGGGGACCUGCAGCAGAAAAAGUAAAGCCUCUGCCUAAGAUGUUGUUGAAGAGUGCUGAGACUCAGCUAAACAACGCCAGCAGUGUGAUUCCACCCCCUCCUCUCCCUCCUGAGACGCUUGUGCCCUCCACGAUUGAAACCUUCACACUUCACCUGCCAAUGACUGUGAAGUCCGUUCACCAGCCCAUCAGUGCACCACCUCACUCUGUACUACUGUGGAAGAGGAGAGCAGAGGUUUCAAAAGUCUGCUCAGAGAAAGUCCAACCCUCUGCCGCAGAGAAGCAGCGAGCUCCGUCUUUGUCUUUGGAGAUCGCUGUUCCAAAACAGUCCAGACAAGCAGCCUCUAGCACCCUGAGUGCCUGAAACAAGUUUUAAAGGGUUUGUUGACCAGAUCAGUCACAACAGCUUGAACCAUCUUUUUGCAGGGUUUUUUGGCCUACCUCAUGAUUAAGUCAGAAUUAAAUAGAUUGCCAUGA